AUGGAGGACGUCAAGGCCCCUGACGAGCAGGCGGCUGUCGACAUUGCCCGGACCCACGGUCGGUCGCCCUUGACAAAGACAAGGUCCAUGUCGGAUGGAGGAGGAACUCCCUCCCGCUUGUCGCCCUCGCCACACAUCGAAGCCUCUCGCCGAACCUCGAAAGACGACACCAGCAUCCCGACUCCCCAGCCAGUGACGCCUCGUCGUCCUGCGCUGUCGAACCGUGGCUUUUCGAUACAUAUGCCACCUCGGGAAUUCACUCCACCCCCAGCGAAUCCCUAUGUCAAACCCGCUCCUCUCUCUCCUAAGCUCGACCACUCCCAGAUCUACGCCUCUCCUACAAAUAUCCUCCCCCGUCGUUCCCGAGGUCUCGACUUCUCACGCGCCGCCACGAGCCUACAUCAUUCGACCCUCGCCGAGCAGUCGUCGCCCGACUCAUCGCCGACCGCCGGUGGCCGGGCGAUGAACAUUCCCACCCGAAGAAGUCAUUAUGCAGGACCCGAGCAGACAUCGACAUCUCUCUGGUCUGUCAUGGGCAACGAAAAGAUGCAUGUUAGCAGUUCUCUUGGGAGCACCCAGGCCGUGGGCUCCGAUUCGUCCAGCAGCUCGGACGAUGAUGACCUGAUGGACGAGGACAUGGAUGAGACCUACGUGACGACUCCUCAGGUCAACAAGAUUGGCCCGAUCAUGGGGGCUCAAGGGUCUGGUGGAACCUUUGGAUCCCCCGCAAUGAGCAGCCUCAUGAGUUUCCAACAGCGACAGCGGCCCCGCAAGCAGCCCAAGAAGAAGGGCCGGGGGCCUCUUGGCCUCGGGUUCAGUGGUGCAUCUCUCUCCAAGUCACCACCCAGCAACUCCGCACGGGCUAGACGCGAGAGCAUCAGCUGGCAGGCCAAUCAAUUGCACAUCUCUGGUGCCGACUCGGAUGAGGCACGAGCCAUGGGUGAUGACGGACUUGAAGGUCAGCGCAGUGUCAUUCGGCGGGUGGUGACGAGGAGAGGGAACCUCUUUCCCAAGACAAAAGGGUUUGCUCGUAUCCGGGCAGCUCUCAUGGAAGAGAGCACUCCCGCCGAAGCCGAAUUCCGUCGAGAAGCCGAGGUUGUCAAGCAGGUCCGUGAGAGUGACAUGGACCUUGAGCCUAGAAUCCCACCGCCGCUCGCAGAAUCAACACAAACAACGACUGCCCCUUCGUCGCCAAAUCUAAUACAGCAAGAAGGCCUCAAUGAUGUUCCUGAAGAUGACAUCAUGGGGGAUGUGGUGAUGGGCCUCUCGGGCAGUUUCAAGCAGCACGCCAUCAAAAACUCCAAGGGCAAGACCUUCUGGGACACCUUUUCAGAGUCCAGCAGUACUGGCGGUGCCAGGACCACACCGCCUCCCGCUGCAUCUCUUCCCCGAGGUUCCUCCUCGGGAAUCAGUGAAGACGUGGCGAUGGAUUCACCGUCAGUUGGUGGAGCAGCCGUAAGUCCCCUGCCAACCCCAAAUCAAGGUCCUGACCACUCACACUUCGCAGAGAUCACCCGCCGCAUCAACAGCAAACGUCGACGUGAUGAUGACUUUGACCCCGUCAGCUUCAAGCGACGUGCCGUAAGUCCUGGUAUGAGCGUCCAUAACUCUCCCAUAAUGCAGAGCCCCCUUCAACGCGACGGUAUGUCAUGGGGAUCUCGACCUGGUAGCAAUGGCGGAGACAAGGGCGGAAGUAGUGCCCCCAGCGAAUCUGGUAGUACGCCAGGCAAUGUUUCUGGCGGCAGCUCUGCAGGGAGACUCAACAGCAAAGGCCGCGUUGGAUUCCAGGGGAUGAUUGACACCAACGAUGGCAUCAUGCGUAUGAGCAUUGAGUAA